AUGGAGGAUAGCCACUUCAAGCAGAGUGGUUGUCGUGCGCUUUGUGGGGAUAAUCAUACCAUGUCAACAGAUUACGACGUUGCUGCACGUAUCGCUGAGUAUUCCAGCAGUCACGCCAAAUUCAAGCCCGUCCUGUACGACUCGUAUCUCGAAUACUCCGACCUUAAGGAUGCACUUGAGGUCUUCACCUACGUAGGAUAA